AUGUCGAGAAUACACGUAGAUACCUCGAGCUACCCUUUUAAAUUCGAACCCUUUCUUCGACAAGAAUACUCAUUCUCGUUAGACCCGGACAGACCGGUUUGUGAAUUUUACAACGCUAGAGAGGGACCCUCAUCAUGUCCAAAUGGUAAUUCGUGUCCGAACAAACACGUAUUGCCAAUUUUCCAGAAUAAAAUUGUCUGCAAGCAUUGGCUGCGAGGCCUGUGCAAAAAGAAUGAUCAAUGUGAAUAUCUACACGAGUACAACCUGCGCAAAAUGCCAGAAUGUGUCUUCUUUUCAAAAAACGGAUACUGCACGCAGUCCCCAGAAUGUCAGUAUCUACACAUAGACCCGAGUACAAAGAUCCAGGAGUGUGAAGAAUACAAGAUGGGAUUUUGCCCGGCAGGAGUCCAGUGCAAGAAAAGACAUGUCAAAAAAACGAUAUGCCCUCGUUAUAUCACCGGAUUCUGUCCCUUGGGCAGAUCCGAUUGUGAUUUGGAGCAUCCUCCGUUUGUGAUUCCAAAUGAAUUGAGCAAGCUGAGAAUAAAAAACGACGACGAGAUAAACACCAAGAAACUGGACGAGGAGAAGGAAAGACGUUUGAAUGCUAUCAUCAAUGGUGAGAUCUUUGCCUGA